AAUAAUAAUAAUCAUAAUAAUAAUCAUAAUAAUACCAAAAGGUCUAUAAACUCUUCCGGAAAACAAGUGAAUAAUAAUGAAGAUAAUAAAAAUGCAUCAACAAAUUCUCGACAAAUUUCUUCAACACAAAAUUUCUCACUUAAUCCGCCAAUAGUUGCGUCAAAAAAUAAAUAUUCAGAAAUAACAACACGAUUAUUAGGAACAAUUCUAGAGUUUGUCGAUACAAAAGAUGAUGACGCGCCAUGGAGUUUAAUUUAUGAAGAUAAAGAUACGGAUAUUAAAGUUUAUCAAAAUUCCAAAGUAUCAGAUUGUUGCUUUAAAAUUAUGGGUACGAUGGAAAAUACACCACAAACUACUUUUGAUUUAUUAGCUGAUGUUAGAAGAAGAUCUGAAUGGGAUCCUAUGACUGAUGAAGCUGGAAUUAUUGAAACUAUUGAUGAAUCUACUAGAGUUCAGGUAAUAUAUAUAUUUAUUUAUUUAUUGUUUUUUUUUUUAAUUUUUAAAGUUGGUGUUACUUUGAAAAAAAAUUAUAUAUUUAUUUAUUCCUUUAAAAAGUAUAUCAAAAUGAAAGCAGUCUUUCCAACAUCAGCAAGGGAUGUUGUUACUAUUGGAUAUUCGACACAGCUUGAAGAUGGUAGAUUGGUCAUGGUUAAUAAAAGUAUUGAACAUAAACUUUGUCCUGAAAAAUCGGGAGUUAUUAGAAUUGAAGCUGGUUGCGCUGGUGUGGUUGUUACGCCUAUCAAAGAUCAACCAAAUAAGUGCUUUGUAGUUCAAAUUGCUGAUGCCAAUCCAAAAGGAUGGAUUCCUAAAUCCGUAAUUACAUUAGUAUCAACGAGAGAAUUGCCAGCCUCGGUUAAAAAAUUGAAUAAAUUACUUUCCAAAAUGCCACAUCAAAGCGUUUCAAAAAUGCUUACAAAUACUCCAUUCAUACCAAAAGUACCAAAAAGAUCAUCAUCAUCAAUUUCUGUAUCUUUAUCAUCAUCUUCCUCAUCUUCUUCCUUACAGCAUAAUUAUCAUAGAAGGAAUGCUUCAUUUAGUGGAGGAAGUUUGGUUGAAAAUAGUACCAGAUCAGAUAGGCCAGCUUAUUCAUCAUUCGAUGAAUUUCUAUCAAAUACAAAAGGAAACAAUAAUAAAAGAUCUAUUGAUAAAAAGAUUCCUUUUACAGGUUCUUCUUUUUGGAAAUCUUUUAUAGAUACUGUUUUAUUAUUUGGAGGGAAUUCUUCACAAGGUGGUUCAAAAGCGAACAGAUUUAUAAUUGUUGCUUUUGCGUAUAGUCUCGUAUUGAUUGCAGGAAUUAAGAAAUGGCGUAAUAGGAAUGUUAUUUAAAUAAAAAAAAGAGUGAAGAUUUUUUUAUAGAUCAAGUAAUUUAUUAUAUUUAAAAAAUUUAUUUAUUUAUUUAUUUAUUUAAAUAAACUGUACAAUUACAAAAACACAU